AUGACGCUCUUCAAUCUUUGUGCCCGGAUGCAAGUUUUGGAAGUUCUUAAGCAGUUUGUGGAAGAUGCUCUCCAGAAGAUCGUGGGCUACCUCGUUCUUUUCCCCGUGUGCAUCCGCGAGGCCGUCAGCCAGGUGCUCAAGGGCUACGACUGGACGCUGGUGCCCAUGCCCGUGCGCGUCAACGGCUCCAGCAAGAACAAGCCGCGGGUCAAGCGGCCCAUGAACGCCUUCAUGGUGUGGUCCCGAGGGCAGCGGCGCAAGAUGGCCCAGGAGAACCCCAAGAUGCACAACUCGGAAAUCAGCAAGCGCCUGGGCGCCGAGUGGAAGGUUAUGUCCGAGGCCGAAAAGAGGCCGUUCAUCGACGAGGCUAAGCGGCUGCGCGCCCUGCACAUGAAGGAGCACCCGGAUUACAAGUACCGGCCGCGCCGCCAGCGCACGCGGCGCGCCGCCCAGCUAGAAGUUGCAUCCCCGGAGUUGGAGGCCGCCGAGGACCGAGUGCAGCAGGAAGGAGACAGCGCAGGGCGACAGCGGCCGACGAGGAGGAGAGGAGAGUCCCGGAUCGGGGCCCGCGCAUCAUUCUCGUCCCCCAAAGUGGAGCUGCAACUUGGCCACGAUUGCACCUGUUUGCACUGCUCAGCCGAGAGCGACCCUGCAGCUGCUGCGGCGGCGAGGACAGCGACCCCGGUCAUCACCCUCUUUGGCAAGUGGUUUGUGCACCAGGAGAAACUUUCCACCUGUGAGCGGACCGGCGCUGACCCCCUGGCCGUCUAUGCUCCAGGCCCUCUCUGCGUGGUGCCGGUGAACCCGUGA